AUGAAAGAAUGUUGGGAUGCUGAUCCAUUAAAAAGACCUGACGCUUAUGCACUUUGGGAUAGAAUGGAAAGAAUUAAUUUAGAUUAUCAAAGUAUGUCAGAUGAAUUAUUCAAAUCAGAAAUAGAGAAUUUAGAAGUGAAUAAAGUAGAAGAAAAUUAUACGAGUAGCAGAUUAUUUACAAGUAAAAUUCACAACUUUGAAAAUCUACCUGAACCAAGAAAUGCAACAGAAG